CACUGAGGAAGAUGUGUCUGCUGUGGGAGGUGACGUUUUUUAUCGUGGGUGAAGCUUCAGCUGUCGUAAGUUCCCCAACAAGAGCGAGUCCUGUGUUUCCGAUCCGGCGUCGAGCGAGCAGCACACCUUUGACAGCUUUUUUACCAAGAACAACAUGAGUGAAUCAGCGGAAGCUUUGGCUGCCAACCUCAAGAGCCGCAGAAAUGUGAGCAUCGAGAUCACCAACCUCACCAACAACUACUGCCUCAUCGACCCCAAGGUUUACCUGGAUAGCGGCAACGUCCACAGCCCCCCCCAACCCACCGUGCGCCCGCUGAAAACCGAGGUGUGCAACUUCAGCAAGACCAGCGCCAAGGCCACGGGGGCGGUGGGCGUCCUGACCUACGACCUGUUCGAGAGGCGUAGCAACAGCGCCAGAGAGAAAGUGGCCAUCAUGUUCUCCGUGCCCUACGACAACAACAUGUACAAGAACUGGUUGGGCCUGGCGAUCUACCCGCAGGACAAGGAGUGCAACGAGGUGCUGUACAAGGAGAUGUACUACGAGAAGGAGCCCAAGGGCUUCGUCAGGCAGGAGGCGCAUGGCUGCGGCCUCACGUUCGAGGGCCAGAGCUUGGACAUCAAGGCCACCAUGUCCCCGUUGGGCCGGGCCAUGCUGAAGGUGGAGGUGUGGGACAAGCUCUUCACUCCCGUGGGGCAGCAGCACCUUUGAGCCGGUCGUUUAUUUUCCUUUCGAUGAAGGUAUCCGGUUUGAUGUGCGCGCUGUGAUUCAUUCAUGCAAUAAAUCCAGUGUGGUAUGAAAAAGAAA